AUGGCGAAUAUGCUGACCAAAGACCAUUUCGUUCAAAGAUUAGAGCGGCUCAAGUGUAGCAUCUGUCUGGACGACUACAGUACCGAGCACGUCCCUGUGCAACUUCUGUGUGGUCACAUCUUCGGAGACCACUGCAUCAUCAAGCAAGUCGAGGCUGAAAUGCCAAACAACAAUCGAUGUCCACUUUGCCGUCAAGAGCUUUUCCAACAAGAGACUACACCUGUAUAUGACAGCGACGAGCCGGAAUUUGACGAUGCCGAUGACGAAAACGAGGAGGAGGAAUGGGAGUUCGAUGAAGAGAGGUAUCAGGAGACCCUUGCUGGGCUUCUUCAUGACAGUGAGCCAGGUACGGCACACUUCGUCUCCUCAGAGCUCAACAUGCUUGCGGACCCAGGGGGGGGCGGACAAAUGGUCUAG